UCUAGUUCUACACGGGAGUUGUUUCGUUUAGCAAUGCUAAACUUUCCGGAGAUAAACACUGUUUGACAGCUUUCUAAACAUAGCUUACCAAAAUACAUUGUGCACAGCAGUAGACUUGCUUGAGGAUAUAGUAUCGUCUUUGGUUUGUUGGGAACAUGGAUCUUGGACUGCCGUUGAGCUCCUCUGACGGUAACGUGACUGAAACACACCAAUUUGGCCUGAAAGUGGUAGUGAAAGAAGAAGAUAUAAAAGAGGAGGAGUAUGGUCAUAUGAUUGCAUGUCCAAAUGAAGAAGAAAAGCCCUUUGCAGAGCUUCACUGUAAAACUGAAACGGACAUUGCAGAGCCGAACGUUACUAACACUGAAACGCUACAGACAACUACAGUGAAGAUUGAAGUGAAGAAAGAAGAGGAUGAGCACGAUUAUCAGCUGGAAAAUGUAUCAGAACACCCACAUGUAACACAACAGAAGAUCCAUGGACUGAAUGAUGAACUCAACCUGCAACUCAGAGGAAGGCUGCACCACUGCACCGUCUGCAGGAAGAGUUUCUCAGCCCUGAGUGAACUUGAGAAACACCAGCAAACACACUCUGUUAGUGUGAAUGAACAGCAGAACAGUGAUGACAAAAGGCGACAUGAAUGUGCCCAGUGUGGGAAAGCAUUCUUAAAAGUUUCAAAUCUUAAAACCCAUAUUUUAAUUCACACGGGAACGAAGCCUCAUAAAUGCAUCCAGUGCGGAAAAGCUUUUGCACAAAGUUCAAAUCUUAAAACCCACAUGCUCUCACAUACUAGCACAAAUACUCACAUCUGUGUUCACUGUGGUAGAGCGUUUAAAACAUACUCGUAUCUUAAAAUCCAUGUACGAAUGCACACUGGAGAGUCGCCUCAUAAAUGUGUCCAGUGUGGAAAAGGCUUUCCACUGCCUUCUAAUCUUAAAACUCAUAUGUUAACACACACUGGAGAGAAGCCUCAUAAAUGUGUCCAGUGUGGAAAAGCAUUUACAGUAUCCACAGGUCUUGAACGGCACAUGCUAAUACACACUGGAGAGAAGCCUCAUGAAUGUACCCAGUGUGGAAAAGCUUUUUCACAAAUUUGGUGUCUUAAAAGCCACAUGCUAACACACACUGGAGAGAAGCCUCAUCAAUGUACCCAGUGUGGAAAAGCUUUUUCAAAAAGGUCAAAUCUUAAUACCCACAUUAAAUUACACACAGGAGAGAAGCCUCAUAAAUGUAUUCAGUGUAGAAAGGCUUUUUCAAAAAUUGCAGGUCUUAAAAAUCACAUGGUUACACACAGCGGAGAAAAGCCUCAUAAAUGUGUACGGUGUGGAAAAGCUUUUUCACACAUUACCAAUCUUAAAUGCCACAUGGCAGUACACACUGGAGAGAGUCCUCAUAAAUGUGCCCAGUGUGGCAAAGGAUAUACAACAUCCACAGGUCUUAAGCGCCACUUGCUCUUACACACGGGAGAGAAGCCUUACAAAUGUGCCCAGUGUGGAAAAGCUUUUUCACAAAAUUCAAAUCUUAAAAGCCACAUACUCUCGCAUACUGGAAAGAAGCGUCGUAAUAGUCCAGGAGUCAAAGGCCAGAAUCUUGGUGAACCUGGUCUUGUCGGUUAAAGAUUUUUUUCUUGUUGCCUAGAGGUUACUCAAUAAGAAUGGGGAGGGUGCCCAGUGAUAUCCCUUGGGCAAUUCGCUGUAUGCAUCUCUGAAGUUGAGUAGUCAUAAAUAGACCUAGAUUUGUCCAUAAAAACACCAAUUGCAUUAACAUGUUGAAAGGAUAGCAUGAAAUGUAAACCCAUUAUUUUCUUUUUCUUGCAGUAGUAUGCCACAUUGUGGCAAACGUAAAAGUGUUAAACUUUACCUCUAUUUUUUUAAAGUAUAUUUUUUUGGCCUUUAAUGAUAGGACAGUAGAGAAUGACAGGAAGUGAGUUGGGAGAGAGAGCAGGGGUGGGAUCUGGAAAGGACCACGGGGCGGGAAUCGAACCCGGGUCACCGGCCUACGGUGCAGGUGCCCCAGCCAGUUGCGCCACAGCUGGGGCCAAACUCUACCUCUGCACUUCAAAUCUUCUUUUACGCUCCCCGCGGCACAUGCCUGAAGUUGGAAAAAUUAAAAGAAAAGUGAAGGAGCCAAAAUGGUCAACUAUAUGUAACGAUUACCGGUAUAAUGGUAAACCGCGAUA